AUGUUAACAAUAAAACAUCGAUUUGAUAAUGAAAUAAGACGAUUUCAAUCUAAUCCUGGAUUUGAACCACUAGAACAAACUCAAUCAUCGGCACAUCCGUUUACCAUAGAAUCAAAAUCAUUAACUAAACAUGAGAAAAUCGACGACCUGAACGAUAAAGCAUUGUUAGAAAGAAUAACUAAAAUGGAAGAAGAAAGUGAGACUAUACGUCGUGAAAAUUUACUGUUUGCACGUUAUCUAUUACGUACAACUACAUCAAAGAUCGUGGAAUCAUUUAAUGACUAUGAAAACGAAAACGGCAUUAUCAAGGAAACAGUGGAUCAAAUAAAACUAAUUGAAUCUACUCGAAAAGUUUCAUUAAAAAGAAGUGUUAAUACUACUACAGAUGGUAACCCAUUAUGGACUAAGCGAUUGGUGACUGUGCUUGCACAUGCUAAUAUACGAUACAUUCCACCUAUUGAUCAAGAUCGUUUCUUUAUUGCUACGUAUGAAGUUAAACAAACACAUUUAGAUUGGCAACGAAUGAAAGCACAUGCAGCUACUGUUUUGGAUAAUUUAAAGGUUUUAUUUCAAAAUAUUCAAUCUGACGAAGAAGCACAAAAAGACGUAAACUUCAGUUUACAAAGGCGUGCCGACAGAUAUCGUCGUUCUGAUAAUGAUCAACACUUGAAUAAUCCCUAUUACUCCGUUCCAGGUGAAGUUUUUGUUAACCGCGCUAAUAAACAGCUCAACGCACGUAUUAGUCGCAUUGGUGCUUUUGUUGUCAAUUCAUCGCAUAUAAAUUUACGCAUGCAUGAAAUCGAUGAACGAAUCCGUCAAGUAGAAGCUACAGCUUCUAGAAUCAAUCGUGUUGAUAUUGAUUUGAUAACACAAAAGAUUGACCAUUAUUCGGUGGAAUCGGACAUUCUUAAUCGACUUUGUAUAAGAGAAAAAGCAUUGCUACAUGAGCAAAUACAGUUUUUAGAAGAUUUAAAAGCAGAUCUACUUGAACAAGAAACGAUGCUGAAUAAAACUGAGAAACACAUGAAGGAUGUAGAACAUCGUCUAGAACAAACAAUGGCUGAUAUUGACUUUAUUGAAAAACAAAAUAAUAAAAUGUCAGAAGAAAAUAAUAUUAUAAAGACUUGUAUAGAUGACACUUUGAAAGUACCAACAAUUACUGAAUAUGCGCAUGUUAUCAAACAAAAGAAAGAUUUAAAAUAUGAUAUUGAUAUAUGGUCACAACGAGUAACUAUUGCUGAGACAUUAUGUUCACAAUUAGAACAACAAAAUAAAGCUCCAAUGAUUUUACCGCCAUUGAAAAAACCGACAACGAUCAAACAUAAGCGAUUAAUUAAAACAUCCCAUCAAUAA